UCUUCUGCCUCCUACAAAGGACAAGUCGACAGUUGACAACAUGAGCAAACUACAACGCAUAGACCUUAUCAUUAAAGCGCGGAACGGGAGUGUUCUCUCUAGGGGAUCGAUUCUCAAAACAGACCAUUAUCCUACUGGACGCGCUUUGAACCUCGAUGUGACAAUUACGGGUGCCCCGAAUUUUCGUAGCCCACGUGUUGGCUCCCUCAAUGUUUUUGGGGUCGCGCAGCCUCGCAUCAACGGUUUAAAGGCUGUUCUGUCUGUUCUGGGAUGUAGGCCCGCGUAUCUAAAUUCAUCCCUCAAAGCACGAAUGCCGAAUCCAUCCGGUUCGGCGACGCCUCUUCUCCCAGAUAUACCUUCUCCCCCAACACAUUCUCCUUCAGCCACACCUCCCAAUUGCUCUCGCUGCGUGUUCUUCUCAACUCGUGAGGAGCCUGUGGUCUAUCUCUCCGGUCAACCUUUUGUCCUGCGUGACGCUUCUGAUCCUACUGAAGCACUUUCGCUCUCUGUCCGCGCUGAGAAUCUGGAGGCUAUAGAAUCAAGACUUAAGGCAGACAUUCUAGCCGAAGCUGCAAAAUUUGGGGGAUUGAUCUUGACUCAUUAUGAGGGAGUUGGCAGCGAGGAAGGUAUUUUACCCACAUGGACUGCAGUCGAUCCCAGCAGUGUCCUUACGUCCAGAGAGGUGUGGGACCAGCUGAAGGGCGAGGGAUGGAAUGUGGAGUACCAUCGUAUCCCUAUCUCGCCAGAUCGCCCUAUCGAGGAUAACUAUCUUGAUGCUUAUUUGAAUGUAAUAAUAUCCACCGAUCCGCGACACACUUCGCUGGUGUUCAGCUGUGGUAUGGGUGUUGUCCGAACGACUUUUGCCAUGGUAGCGGCCUCUAUCAUCCGACGGAAACAGUUACUCAAUACCGGUCUCCCCGAUCCAUUCUUCGCCACUCCUGGAACAAACGCGUCGGGGGGAGACAUUAUGCCGAUGGACGAGUCUGCGCCGACUCUGAUUCCCACACCACAGGCAGCAGCUGGACUGGAAAAAGCCAAUGCCGAACAAGAAAUGCAGAAGGCGCUUCUUCGUUUGACCUUCAUCAUCCAACAGAAUAUUCAGCAGACAGCGGCACAGAGAUCUCAGUCGGCGAUAGAAGUUCUUUUAUCACAACCCAGUCUACUUGAUAGCUUGUCCAGAGCUGUUCGUGGAAAUUAUGGUAUCAUAUUGAGCUUGCUUGGUUGCCUGGAUAACGGCGCCUUUGCGAAACGGCUUGUAGAUGCCGUCGUUGACAGCUGUGACCAUGUUGUGAAUCUUCGAGAAGUUGUGCUUGACCGUCGUAUUCACUACUCUGUCACAACCACGAACAAUGAGAGGCGCAGCGAUUACUUGAUGAAAGCAGGGAAAGCCUUAGAGAAAUACUACUUCUUGAUUGCGUUCGGUAGCUAUGUUGAGCGAGCUGGUCUGAAUGAUACACACGAAACAUUUUAUGAUUGGCUGAAGGCACGCGUGGAAAUUUGGAAUCAAGUUACAUUCCUGCGCAAGGCUUCUCUCAGUGCGUUCGCGCCAAUCGCCAAUCUUUCGGCCAUAACACGCUCGGGGUCGGCAGCGCCUUCGCAAGAACAAGACGUUCUAGGAAGAGAAGGUGGAAUCCUGGCCCAACCCAGUGGAACCAAAGUCCUUGGAGAUGAGUGGACCGAUCAUGUCAUCAAGAAUCGAAGCGGUAUCAUUCUUCGUCCAAGUACACUCCUGAAGAGUGAUUUGUGGAAAAGUGAGUCGCAGAAGGUCACGUCGACUUCGGCUGUUCGGGGUACGAUCAAUUUCCGCAAUAUUGCCGGGACAAAUAUCUAUGCUCUUGGGCAACCGGCUGUCGAGGCCAUUGAUGCAGUUCGUGACAGAAUCAUGGAGGACCACCAAGGGUCGACUCUUAUCAUCUGGAUCAAUCUUCGCGAAGAACCAAUUGUCUACAUCAAUGGAAGCCCAUAUUGCUUGCGGAGGGAGAACUUCUCAUUACGAAACAUGAAGGACUAUGGUGGCAUAUCUGCAAGUCGAAUGGAGAUUCUCGAGGAACGCCUGAGAAAUGAUGUCAUUGCGGAACUUCAAAGCUUUGACGAUAGGGUAUUGCUGCAUACGGAGAAUCCUUCAGGUGCUGUAGUACCUAUGUGGGAACAUGUUCAAGCUGCCGACGUUGCGGAUCUUCGUACCGUGAUGGAGAGCAAGCGCCAUGCUGGGCCAGUGGAGAUGUCCUUUGUCAGAAUCCCAGUGACAGCUGAAAGGCCACCUGAUGCCAGUGAUAUAAACGAACUAUUGGCCUUGAUGCUGCAAAUAGAUCAUGAACAAACGCCAAUAGUUUUGAAUUGCCAAUUAGGUCGAGGUCGAAGCACCAUUACCUCCAUAUUCGUCUAUUUGAUUCAAAGGUGGCUCAAGACUAGACGGGCUCGUUCGGCCAGCAACGCAGGACGCGGAGAAGACGACGACAUUUUCAUAAAAAGGCAAUCAAGAAUCCCUUCGUACCAAGUUAUCAACAGCCUGCUUCGCCUUCUUCGUAACGGGGUACGAAUCAAGGAGGAUGUGGAUGUCGCCAUCGACAAGGUAUGUUCCGGCUGGCUCACGCUGCAGCUUUCUUCAUGGCAGGGUUGUCAGUGUGGCGAGGUUUACAACAUCAGGGAUGCCAUCGAAGAUUGUCGUCUAAAUGCCGAGCAGGCCACGAACGACCAGGACAAACGAUUGUACGCUCAACAAGGCAUGAGUAACCUCCGGCGUUACUUCCUACUCAUCAUCUUUCAGGCUUACUUGCGAUCGGUUCAACCUGACACGCUGCGUUCGUAUGAUACCUUUGAGACAUUUGUGAAGAACCGACCAGUGUUCCGAACCCUUGAGAAGGAGCUGCUAUCGAAUCCUACUAAUGCCCUCAAGCCAUUGGAGCGCAUUGAGGUUUCUGAGGAUUUUGCCUCCCCAGACGAGGAACGCAUUAUAGUUGCAAAUCGCAGUGGCUCAGUCCUAUCGGCAUCGACAAUGCUUAAGAGUGACCUCUUUACAAAUCUCCAGAAGAUGUCACUGCCCGAACGAGUAGUUGGUGCUCCCAAUUUCCGGAGGUUACCGCUAAUCCUUUUUGGCGAUGUAUCAUCCCUUUCACCCUCCCAAUCGCAGCUUGUGGUCUGUGGUAGCGGAAUGCCCACCGUUGAAGGCAUGCGGCAUGUGUUACGACUUGUUCAGGCGACACAAAAAGGGCCUAAUUGCGUCUCCUGGAUCUCUCUUCGCGAGGAACCCGUUGUUUAUGUGGCAGGCAGACCUCAUGUCUUACGCACUGUAGAUCGCCCGCUUCAAAAUGUGGAGGCCACUGGCAUCGCCACAGAUGUAGUUGAGCAGAUGGAAAAGGCACUAAAGAAAGACGUCCAGGGCGAAUUACGACGCAAUCAGGGCAAGAUUCUAUUGCACGAUGAACUCGAGGGAAGCCCAGGAAAUUACGAAAUCACGCCUCUGUACGAGACCGCUACAGAGAACGAAAUAAUGACACCUAGAGACGUGUUCGAACUAAUUAUGAGUGAGGGCUACAAGGUCGAUUAUGGCCGAGUAGCGAUAACUGAUGAACAAGCACCGCUUCCUGAGGCCUUGGAUCAAAUCAUUCAGAGAGUAGAAGCUGCCUUGAAAAAUGCAAUGCACCUCGUGUUUAAUUGCCAAAUGGGGUAUGCAACGUUCAAGAGUCGCGGCCGAACAACGACAGGAAUGGUCGCGGCGGUGCUGAUCGCCACUGUAGCUGCGCGUGACGUAACUCUGGAUCCCGUGGACGACGAUGACCAGGAGGAUGCUGCAGAUCUUGCCAUGUAUGAUCGCUACGAUGGGUAUGAAGAAAAAGCGUACUUGAAUGGCGAAUAUAAGACAAUCCUUAGAUUAGUGGGCAUUUUAUCACACGGAAAAAUUGCGAAGCGGCUCUGCGAUCGAGCCGUCGAUAGUGUGGACAGCGUGCAGAAUCUCCGACGUGCUAUCUUCGACUACAAGAUGAAGCUGAAUGCGCUUGAUCAGUCCAGCAGCAAGUAUCGAUCAGUAUUCGACAUUGCCUGCAAUUAUCUGUAUCGCUAUGGAACCCUGAUUGUCCUGACCAACUACCUUAUAGAGCGACAGGCUCACCAAUUUGCUGGACAGGACCAGUCUUUCCCUGUGUGGUUGCGAGAGCAUCGUGAGAUUACCAACCUACUAGGACGGCGGACUUUAGAAUAGGGUUGGGUUGGUGGGCUUCUGAUCCAUCAGAAUAAUCCUAAUAAGAGUGGAGCAUGCUUAAUGUAUUGUCUUAUCGCUCGCAUGUGUGCGGCAUGAAACUCAGCAUGCACUGAUCUGGCAGCUUCGUCAUUCUGUAAUAUAUUGAAAUUCCGCCAAGCGACGUCGCUUGAGCCAAUGAUCUC